AUGGACGACUUCCAGGAAUUCCAAAAGACUGUCCAGAGCGCUCUCGUCCAGACCACGCGCAGCACAACCACCCUCUGCGCCGAAGACCUAGGCUUCCACCGCUCAUUGGACCCCCAGCUAGGUUCUGCACUUGAUCGGCAAAAUGCGCGGCUUCUUUCGUUGGCGGAACGCCUUUUGGGCUCUGCGGCUGCGGGCUCGGAAGUUGUAGGUCCCAAACUCGACGACCUGGACGCUGUCGACUCCAACUGGAGGGGGGUCGUUGAUGUCGUCGACAGCCUGCUCGAGCGCGCCGAUACCAGCCUGGACGAGUUCACCGGAAUCGUGAAGCGCCUCACCCCAAGCAAGGAGCAGUCGCCGGCACCCGCGCCCAAGGCCAGAGGCGCAAACAACUUUAGAAAUCAAGAUCUGCCCAAGCCCCAGGCCCUUUUCGAACACGUCCCCAAGAACGACGAGACGAGCCCUUGGAAGCCUCUCAUCACUUCGAAACCGCAUGCCUCCGUUCCGCUCGAGAAGAGCUUCGAUACCUACGCCGACGAAGAUGGCGUCGAACACUACCAGCAUCCCUACCAGAAAGAGAUCGAGGAUUACCAGUACCCCUCCUCAGUUUACACCAAGGCCGACCCAAUUCCCUACCAACCGUUCGAGAGCACUACCGCUACAUUUGUCGAUACUCCGGAGGCCGUGGACGAGAUGCUUGCAGAGCUCAAAAAUGCCAAAGAAAUCGCAAUAGAUUUGGAACACCAUGAUACCCGCACCUACGUUGGUAUAGUUUCUUUGAUGCAAAUCAGCACCCGGAACAAAGACUGGAUAGUCGACACUUUGAAGCCUUGGCGGAGAAGGUUGCAAUGCCUCAAUGAGGUUUUUGCCGAUCCCAACAUCGUGAAGGUCCUGCAUGGAGCAUACAUGGAUGCUAUUUGGCUCCAGCGUGACCUCGGACUCUAUCUCGUUGGCCUCUUUGAUACCCACCACGCCGCACGCGCGCUAGGGUAUUCUGGAGGUAGCCUUGCUUUCCUUUUGCAGAAGUUUGUCAACUUCAACGCGCAGAAGCAAUAUCAGACGGCCGAUUGGCGAAUUCGGCCGCUUCCUCAGGAACUCUUUGACUACGCCCGGUCCGAUACCCAUUUCCUAUUGUAUAUAUACGACAACAUGCGCAACGAACUGGUUGAAAAAUCGCAGUUCGAUGAUCCUGAACAAGAUCGAAUCCUCCGGGUUCUGGACAAGUCGAAGGAGACAGCGUUGCAAACUUACGAGAAUCCCAUUUAUGAUGCCAAGGAGGGCAGUGGGCCCAUGGGCUGGUACAAGGCGCUUUACAGGAACCCGAACGCCUUCAACAAAGAACAGUUCUCCGUCUUCAAAGCCAUCCACCAAUGGCGCGACACGGUGGCGCGGCAGGAGGAUGAGAGCACGCACUACGUCAUGGCCAAUCACGCUCUGUUCAGUGUGGCGCGCUCCAUGCCGCUGGACAAGGCUGCUUUGUUCAACGUGGCGCAACCCAUCUCCCCGCUGGUGCGUCUACGUGCUGAUGAGCUGGUCGGUACGAUCGCACGCGCCAAGGAGGCUGGCGCAAACGGCCCGCAAAUGUGGGAGGUGUUCGCGAGGGAAAAGACGACGCAGGCCACGGUAGCACCAACCACGUCCGUCGCCCUCUCCACGGCCUUCACAGCGCUUGCCACGAAGCCCGUUGUGAGCGACGCGGCGCUGGUGCGCUCCGACCAAUCGUCGUUCUGGGGAAAGGCUUUCCCGUGCAGUUUGUGGCAGCAGCGUGGCUUUUCUACCGCCACGGAAAGCAUACGCCUCGCUGUGCCGCUGCCUCCGCUCACGGCUGAAAUCUUCGCGGACCCGGCUGAUGCGGCGGCGAGCGCGACGAAGAGGGAGCAGGAAGAGAAGCUGAACCCGGCUUCGCGCGCCGAGCACGCAUUCGUCAAGGCGGAGGAUAGGCCGGCGAAGAAAGAGGAUGACGGCGUGUUCAUCAUCAAGCAGCUCGGCGGCAAUAAAAAACGGAAGCUUGCGGACGUGGCGGCGGAGGAGGAGGAGGAGGAGGAGGAGGAAGGUGACGGUGCUGCUGACAAGGGCAAUGCAGCUGAAGACGAUGACAUGCAGAUGCAGGAAGACGUCGUCGCUCUGCCGCUCGACCCGAAAGAAGAGAAGAAGGCGGCAAAGGCGGCCAAGAAGGCGGCGAAGAAGGCGAAGAAGGAACAACAGCAGAAGAACAACAAUGCGUCGUCCGCCGCGGAAGACGCGGAGGAAGAAGAGGAACAGGAACCGUUCGACUACGCGUCGGCGCCGUCGAUAUUAAACCCCGCGCCGGCGGGCAAGCAGGACAAGAAGAACAAAAAGAACAAGAAGAAGGAGUUCAACCCGUACGCGAGGGCGGCGGACGCGCCGAAGGGGUUGGGUAGGUCGCAGAAGGAUAGGGCGGGGAAGACGGCGACGUUCAAGGACUAA